GCGCGCGGGCCGGGGCCCAAGAGCUUCCCCGUGCCCGGCAAGGGGGCGGCCUCUGGGUCCGCACUCUCGCCCCCACCCCGCCCACUUUGUCCAUCAGGUCCGGGGGCGCCCGGGGCAUGGACUAGCCCUCUCGCCCCCCGCGCGGCCCCCACCGAGGGCUCCCGAGAGCCAGCCGCGCCCCUCCGCGCCCUCGCAUCCCUGGCUGCCCAGUCUCGUCUCCCCCGGUCCGGCCGGGCGCCCACCCGUCGGGCUGCCCUCAGGGGCUGGGCUCCGGCCAGGAGGUGGCUGCGCUGGCGGCCAAGCCCGGUCCGGGUAUAAAUAGCUCGGUCCGCGGCGGCGGGGGGCGCGGGCUAUAUUUGGUGGGGCUGCUGCAGCCCUCCCUGUAUGGGUGGCCUCCCCGAGGGAGUGGGGAGCACGUGCGCUCUGGCCGAGGCGCUUUCCCCUGUUCACACCACCCUAAACACUCCCCGACCCACACCCGCCCUUGGGCCAUGACUAACAGCCCAUGUGGGAUCCCCUCCAGGGCCAGGCUGGGCUCCCUGGGUUCGCCCUACCUCUACCCCGGCCCCCAGGCGUGGGAAAACCAGGCACAGACUUUGGCAGCCUCCCACUUCCUAACCCACGCCUGUUUCCCCAUCUGAAAAGUGGGUUGAUCAGGAGCCUCCCUGGGUGUUGGGCCAGCCAAGAGACAGGGGCUGCAGAGCGGAAGGGCAGUCCUUAGCUCUGGCCGGGGCCACCAGGGGUGGCCGGAGUCGGUGAGAGACGAGGUGGGGAGCGGAGGGGCCACUGUCCUCCUCUCUGUCCCAGAGGCACCGAGCUUCCCGGCCAGCAGGCCUGGGCUGAAAGGGUCCCUCUCCUGGUGAUGGCCAGAGUCAGGCCUGUUGGGCGGGAAAUGGCAGUUGGCCCACCCCAAGGCUCAAGGGCUUGUCCAUGCUGGGCACAAGGGUGGGUGGUCUUGUGUCUAUUGGGGCUGGGGAGUCCAGGGUCCCAGCUUCACUUCACAGGCCCGGGAGUCAGGUGGGGGCUGGCCUGACCAUGCUGGGAGAGGAACUGUUCUCCAGCAUGGUGUGGAGGAGGCUGGGCUGGACUCCCUCAUGGUGACCAGGAACUGAGGAGGUGCUAGGAGGCCAUGGGGGGUGUCUGCCCCCAGAGAGGCUUUGAGUGCAUGGGGGCACUACCUUGGCAGGUGCAGUCUUUCCCCCAGGGCUCCGUGGUGUGGACAGAGUCUGGGGUGGGCAUCUGGAGGCCUGAUCUCAAGGCAGACUUGGUAACGACCCCAUGUGACCUUGGGCAGGGCCCACCAUCCAGGCCACCCAGAAAGCCAUGUGGCCUGCAUGGUCAGGCCGGCCCCCACUGACUGAAGCAGGGCACUUUACUUUGGAGGUGCAGCUAGCAGAGGGCUCUAUGGAUCCCAGCCCAGCCGUCAGGCCGGACGGGUCCCCCCCACUGGCCUGCAGUGACCUUUAUGCCAGGCUUGGCGGGCUCAGCCGUGGGUCCUGGGGUGACCUGACCACGUGGGACAGAAGGGCCAGUGCCACCCCCUCCAGUGAGGAGCCAAAUGUGGGCUACACUCUGGGCCCCAGGGAGGGCCUUCUGGGCGGUGGCACAGAGCCAUUGGAGGUGCCCAGGCCCUGGCGCAGGGGCGGGGCGGGAGUAGACAGGGCUCGGGGAGUCCUCCCAGCGUCACCUGCCCCAGUCAGUCCCAUCUGUGAAAUGGGCCACGCCGGGCAGCCGCACGCACAGAACCGCGGGGCCCUGCCCCGAGACCCACGGUUCACCAGUCGACGUCCCCGAGCCGCGCCCACUCGACCCACCUCUGCAGCAAGUGGAGCCAGCCCCGCCCUGUGGCUUCGAGGCCCCGACGCCUGGCUGGCUCCCGGGCUCCGCUGACCCCGGUAGACCCGCGCGCCGGCAAUUACGGUAGCGUCCGGUAGGGCGCCUACUGCCGGCAAUACGGGGGCUCCUCCCAUGGCGCGGUCACGUCCCCCACGUCCCGCGGCCGGCGGGGCGGGACCGGGCGGAGCAUCCUUCUCUCCCCCUCCCCCAGGUGGGCCCCGCCCAACCUCGCCCACCCGCGCCGACCCUCGCCGGCAGAGCCGGGAAGCCGGAACCCGCAGGCGCCCUCCCUCCAGCCCGGGCCGGGGUGCGCCGAGGAGGGACCUCUCCUGGCGAGGAUGGAGUUUUGGGUUCCCCCCUCCGCCCCCCACCUCCCGCCUUCCUGCCUCCUCCGGGUCACUACCUCCCCCCACCCCGGGUCCCCACGACGCCCGCUGGGCGGCGGUGGGGUGGGGGCGCCUCCUGACCCGAGUCCCCCUCUAGUCUUGGCCUUCGGGCACUGGCUUUAGGGAGGAGGGGUGCAUGGGAAUCCAGGAAUGGGGCGAGGUGGCCUCGUGGAGGGGCGGCCUGGCGGGGUCCAGGAGGCCUGGGAGGUGGGGGAAGGCGGCUCUGGACCAGCUCCGGCCCCCACCGCCUCCCGGCGCCUGGGCGGUGACCUCAGCCUUGCGGAGAAGGGGUCUUCAAGCUCUGAGACCCCGCAGUGCCAGCUCAGGGCUGAAGCCGGCGGCGGCGGCACAUGCAGCCUCCCUUUCCCACGUGGGACUUGAGCCCAGUCCCUCUUGGGGCACCAGUGGGGGCUCCUGGCCCUGGGUGUAAGUGGCCAAUCCGGCCUGUGCGUCUGCCCCGCCGGCCCCUGCCGUCAUGAUGUAAGCGGACACAGCGGCAGGGCACGGGCGUGCGCGGGGGUCUGCGGGGGUCAGAGGUGGGGUGCAGAGCCCAGGCCUGGGGCAGCCCCUGGCGCAGCGUCCACCCCCUGCCAGCUCGGCCCGGACACCUUUGCAGGCGGCUGGGGCGGGGGCGGGGCUGCCGGGGGUUACUCACUGCUCCUUCCUUGUUUGCACAACAGGGACGGCGGGGGAAGAAGGGAACUCAGGGAGGCCCCUCCCCCGGUGCCGCGCCCUCCCGCCCUCAGCACCCCUUAGCAGCCAGGCGCUAGCCACAGAGGGGCCGCUUCCUUGGUCCCCAGGCAGCUAGCUCCCUGGUAUCCAGGAAGGAAAGGAAUUGCCCUUUUCCUGCUCCGCCUCCUGCCUGGGCCACAAAGGCAGGGCCAAGGCCCAUCCUUCAAGGGCUGGAGUCAGUUAGGUAACAGACCUCGGGCUCGGGGCUCAGGCCACUGCACGGACCCAGGGAACGGGCUGACCAGUGGAGGCCUCAGCAAGGCGCGGCACUGCACAUAAACCUGAGGACCUAGGCGGGUGAGGGGUCUGCAGGUCCAGACGCCUGAGGGGAAGCAUGCCAGGGUGCCCAUUGCCCCCCAAGGAGGUCAGCGAGGUUACUGCAGAGAGGCCCAGGAGGAGCAGGCGUGGGCAGCAGGGGUCAGGUUCCGGACCCUCUGUGCGUGAGUCCACGUUUGCUCUGCAGGUCGGCAUUUCGAGCCACCUGGCAUGGCGCUCCAAGCCUGUGACGGGGCAGUGCAGGGGUCUGACUGGCAGGCACCCAGGUCCUGAGGGCUUCAUGGUUGAGUCCUGGCCUAAAGCCAGGGGUCCUUACAGACCCCUGUGCUCUGCACCCUUGAGGGAACUGCUGCCAGCAGCCCCUGGCUUGGGAGGGCACACGGCUGUGGGAUGCGGGGUCUCCUGCAAGGGCCCUUCCCACCCACCCCUGCCCCAGGCCUCCUGCUCAGCUUCCAAAAGCCUGGGGUCCUGGAGUCUCUGGGGGACCCGCUCUCCGGCAGCCCCCACCUGGGAGAUCAGCUUUCUCAUUCCAGAGGCCAGGUUAUUUCUGGGCGGGUUGGCAUGCUUCCUGGGGGGCGGGGGGGGGGGCAGUAAAUGUCAGGGAAAGCCAGCCUAUGGCGUUUGCCCACGGAGAGGCCAAUGCUUGGUGACUGUGGUGUGUGCUCCAGGCAGGACAGCCCCAGGGUGGUCCUCGGAACACCAGGCGACCUAUACCUUGGCCCAUCGCAGUGCCGGGGUUAUCCUGGGAGAUGGGUUGUCUGCGCCGUUAUUUCGUGCCCCUUCCCCGUACUCCACCUCCUGUGGAAUCCCCUGCCCCAAGCCAUGUGGGCAGACAGCUGGCUCCAAGUCAGCCCCUGGACACCAGGCUGGAGUGGGAACUCCUGGAGCCAUUUCAGCAUGGCUGGCACCCCAGGCUGGGUGAGGACAGACGAUGGUGCCAGGCUGUGGUCUGGGGGCUUGUCCAAAUGCCUCAUCUUGACACAGAAAAUGGCCCUCCCCACGUGAGCUUCAUGUGGAAGCCACAAGCACCUCAUGUCUCAGAACAUGCUGUGCCCUCCUGGCCAGUGAGUCCUGGCACUGCCCCAACCCUCUGCCAGCCCUCCUUGACCCUAGUUCAGGGGCGCCGCGUCUCCUGAGGGUGGCCCCCGGCCCCUGCCUCCCUGCGAGCCCUCGUCUGUCUCCUGAGGACCCUGGCAAGCUCCAGAUGCUGGGUUUGCCUGCGUCCCCCGCCCCCGCUGGUGCAGCCAGGGAGACUCAGAGGCCCUGGUGCCUUUGUGUUUUGGAGGGGAGCCUGGGGUACACGAAAUCUGGCUGCUGUUUCUUGUAUACACAUUUCCUUCCUUGGCCUUGCAUGGCCUGUUUAUUUUAAAAAGUGUCAACCCGCAACCCCAAACAAGCUGGGGCCCUGAGGCCGUCAACCCCUCCAGUCGCCCCCGUGACCCGCAGUCUGCAUCCUUUCCCAGUUUCAUUCCUCAAGUGCAUAUAUUUUUAGUAUCUUGUAGUUACCCUGCUGUAUACUGUCAUCUUAGGAACCUUUUAAACUUAAUACCAGCAUGAGCAGGACCUACCCUGCCACUGAGUGACCUCAGACAGCAUGUCCUGAAGUGCUGUGUCCUGAGGAGGUGCCACAGUCCUCCUCUGUCCUGUCCCAGGCUCUGUGGUGUGGGCAUCCGGUGUCCAGGUGCAGAACCAAAAGCUGCUCCCGGGUUUCCCAGAAAUGGUCCCGAGGCCUUGGCCCCAGGGAGCCAGCACAGGUUGGGGAGUGGACCUCUGGCCCUGUGGCGGGGGUCUGUUCUGCUCCAGGGGACUGCAUCUGCCUUGUCAUCAUCCAGACAGCCACAGCUGGCUCCUGGGUCCCCUUGUCAAGCGGCAUUUCCCAGUAACAGUGACUUCGUGGAACACUUAUGAAGCCCUUACAAACCAUCCGAGGACCUCUAAGGCAGGGACUCCAGGAGGCACAGCACCUGUGGUGGGGAUGGUCAGGCAGGCUGGAUGUGGGGAGGGUUCGGAAGGAGUGAGGAGCCACGCACGGAACCCCUCAGACUCUCCCAGCAAAGGUCCUUGCCCUUGUGCGGGUCCUGCCUCUAGUUACGUGUUUGCCUUAGAGGCAAAGUUGGGCCGUCACGGCGGACCCACCAGGAUGGGGUCUGCGGACACACUUGCAGGAGGAGCCCAAGGAAAGGGGGCGGGUGGAACCCCACAGAUGGCGUGGAGCUUGCGCAGCAGGCCUGCUGCUGCCUCCCAGGGCGCUGGUUCACAGCACAGUCUGGAGAAGCUGAGCCGGCUGGACCAGACCACCCAAGGUCUCAGGUUGCAGCUCCCUGGUGAGGAGAGGACAAGGUGACUUCUGGGUGGGGUGGGGCAUGAAGAUGGAAGUCUGGCCUCGGGUUCCAACUUGACUCAUGAGCUGAGCUCCUGGAGUUUACAAAAGGGACACCAGCUUCAGACAUCGUGGCGGCUGGCGUGGUUUGCUCUGGUGGGCUGGAUGGGAGCCUCCCCAGCCCCUCCCCUCCCCAGGAGGCUCCAGACCCUCCUGAUUCUAGGCUGCAGCCUGUGGGUCACUCCAGGCACAGGUGGGGUGAAUCUCUUCUCACUGGAGAAGUUGCUGAGCAAAAGGGCCGGUGGGAGGCAAGGGGGCAUCCAGGGAUAAGGGGCCAGCUCUGCCCACCCCACCCACUCUAAUACUGCAGCCCCUGUGCUUCCAACUGUCCCCUCCAGCCUGGUGCCCAGCCCCUCACCACCAGCGACUGCCCGCCGCCUCUUGUGCAAGUUCCUGGCGGGCUCCGCUGAAGCCAAAGUGGGCCCUUGGGGGCAGGAGAGCCAGAGCAAGGCACGCUCCACCUAGAUUUAGACAGGGAGAGACCUGGCGGACGCCACCCCCAGAGGCCCCGGGGCGAGCUCAGUGCUGGGGACCGGAGGUGCAGGCUGUUACCAGAACCAUGGUGAGGCGUAACCAACCCUCUUGGCCAUGGGAGGGGCCGUGGUGGACGAGGGCCCCACAGGCGUCAAGGCCCCCGACGGCGGCUGGGGCUGGGCCGUGCUCUUUGGCUGCUUCGUCAUCACCGGCUUCUCCUACGCCUUCCCCAAGGCCGUCAGCGUCUUCUUCAAGGAGCUCAUGCGGGAGUUUGGGAUCGGCUACAGCGACACAGCCUGGAUCUCCUCCAUCCUGCUGGCCAUGCUCUACGGGACAGGCCCACUCUGCAGCGUGUGCGUGAACCGCUUUGGCUGCCGGCCCGUCAUGCUUGUGGGGGGCCUGUUUGCGUCCCUGGGCAUGGUGGCUGCGUCCUUUUGCCGGAGCAUCAUCCAGGUCUACCUCACCACUGGGGUCAUCACUGGGUUGGGUUUGGCGCUCAACUUCCAGCCCUCGCUCAUCAUGCUGAACCGCUACUUCAGCAAGAGGCGCCCCAUGGCCAACGGGCUGGCGGCAGCAGGCAGCCCCGUCUUCCUGUGUGCCCUGAGCCCGCUGGGGCAGCUGCUGCAGGACCGCUACGGCUGGCGCGGCGGCUUCCUCAUCCUGGGCGGCCUGCUGCUCAACUGCUGCGUGUGUGGCGCACUCAUGAGGCCCCUGGUGGCCGUGGCCCAGCCGGGCUCGGGGCCGCCGCGACCCUCCCGGCGCCUGCUGGACCUGAGCGUCUUCCGGGACCGCGGCUUCGUGCUGUACGCGGUGGCCGCCUCGGUCAUGGUGCUGGGGCUCUUCAUCCCGCCCGUGUUCGUGGUGAGCUACGCCAAGGACCUGGGCGUGCCCGACACCAAGGCCGCCUUCCUGCUCACUGUGCUGGGCUUCAUUGACAUUUUCGCGCGGCCGGCCGCGGGCUUUGUGGCAGGGCUUGGGAAGGUGCGGCCCUACUCCGUCUACCUCUUCAGCUUCUCCAUGUUCUUCAACGGCUUCGCGGACCUGGCGGGCUCCACGGCCGGCGACUACGGCGGCCUGGUGGUCUUCUGCAUCUUCUUCGGCAUCUCCUACGGCAUGGUGGGGGCCCUGCAGUUCGAGGUGCUCAUGGCCAUCGUGGGCACCCACAAGUUCUCCAGCGCCAUUGGCCUGGUGCUGCUGAUGGAGGCGGUGGCCGUACUCAUCGGGCCCCCCUCGGGAGGCAAGCUCCUGGAUGCGACCCACGUCUACAAGUACGUGUUCAUCCUGGCGGGGGCCGAGGUGCUCACCUCCUCCCUGAUUUUGCUGCUGGGCAACUUCUUCUGCAUUAGGAAGAAGCCCAAGGAGCCACAGCCCGAGGUGGCGGCCGCGGAGGAGGAGAAGCUCCACAAACCUCCUGCAGACUCGGGGGUGGACUUGCGGGAGGUGGAGCAUUUCCUGAAGGCUGAGCCUGAGAAAAACGGGGAGGUGAUUCACACCCCAGAAACGAGUGUCUGAGUGGCUGGGCGGGGCCGGCAGGCACAGGAAGGAGGUACAGAAGCCGGCAAUGCUUGCUAUUUAUUUUACAAACUGGACUGGCUCAAGCAGGGCCAUGGCUGGGCUCCGGCUGCCGGCCCAGCAGAUCGUCGCCUGAUCAGUGUUUUGCGGGGGAAGGUGGCGGGGUGGGAACCAUGUCAUUCCAGAGUGGAUCUGUGGUGAAACCAAGCCACAAAGUUACAAGGCAUCCUCACCAGGGGCCCUGCCUGCUGGUCCCAAGCGGCCUGCGGCCACUGCUAUGCUCAAGGACCUAGAAACCCGCGCUGCGAGACAACGUGACUUUAAUGGGAGAGUGGGCCGCAGACAGGCUGGCAGGGCAGGUGCUGCGUGGGGCCCUCUCCAGCCUGUGCUACCCUGGACUCUCACAUGGGGCCUGUGCCCACCCCUCUAGUGUCUUGGGGACAGCUCCUUCCACCCCUGAAAGGUGGAAAUAAACCUGCAUGUGGGUGGAGCGUCAGGACAAUGGUUUCCUA